AGAUAAGAGUUCGAGCCACCCCCGCCGACACCCGCCAGCUAGUCGGCCCGCAGCCCCCUCCCGGCUCUGAGACCUUUAACCCUGCCCAAAGACCCCUUACUAGGGUUCCAUGUCUAACCGACCCUCUGCCAAGCCCCAUUGCCCAAGCUCAAGGCCACUCAAGCAAGUCACAAAACCCACGGUAGCCCCCGUGACACCCUGCCUCCAGUCCCCCAAACCUUCCAGACCUACCCAUCGCAAAUCCCCCGGGCUGCGGGCUUCGCCCAGCAGCUGCGGCAGUCCCAGGCGCCCAAGCCCCUGAGGGCGGGGCUGGGGGUGGCCAGGGGCUGGGGGUCGCUAGCUCGAUUGAUCCCCCCUCCUCCGGGAAGGCCACCUGACUAUGACGCCCGAACCCUGAGUGUGAGGGGCUGGUGCUGGGGGGAUCGCACCUCUACCCCUCACCCACACACUGCUCCUGGUGCUAUCGAAACUGGAUCCCCAAAUGGAGUUGAUUACUUAGGGGGAAGCUACAAGAGAAGGGGCGUUCCGGGGCGGCUCAAGAAAGGGCUAGCUUUCGAGAUGGUGGGUCCACUGCUCGGGAUCGGUGUCCGGCCCGACCCCGCCCCCUGCUAUAAUUAUUGCAACCUGACCCCAUCCCAAAUCCAAGAAUCUCUGACGUGUAGGAAAAUAUCCCCCCUCCCCAGACUCCGGAGAGGGGGGGGUCUUGUGUAUGAAACGGGGUGAGGACCCCGGGGUGAGGAACAGUGAACGCUAGAGAGUAUCCUGCUGCUGCCGUGAACCCCAAGUGUGACCAUGGACCAACUAAGUUGGCUUUGCUGGGAUGAGCUGGCACUGCAAGAAGUUCCCCUGGCGUCGGGCAUGGAGCACUCAGGCCUGGCUUCGGGCGAACCAGAUUUUUACAAUUCAAAGCCUUCCGUGGUGUCAAACCCCAGAGAUUUCGACCCUCGGACCCCCUGCACUGGAUGGAAAGAUCCCGCUUCAAUUUCACACCUCCCAGGGCUCCCGACAAACGAUUGCGCCUCCGAUUUCCUGUUACCCGAAUUUCCUUGGGGGACUGACUCCUCCUCCCUGAACCUUCAGUGGUCCGGCGACUGGACGGACUCGUCGUGGCUCAACCCAGUGUCCCAGGCCUACGGUUCUACCCCCUUCAGCUACUCAGAAAGCGGGGAAAUCGCGAAUCUUAGCACUAACCAGGCCAGCUUCACGUCGUGGGCCACGCCUUCCGCCCCCAGCGCUCCGAGCCGCUGGGACUGCGCGCCCGGCCCGUGCUGGGAGGCCGGGAGCGCCGCCGCCCCGGAAUACCCGGGCUCCUGGGAGCUAAGCCAGCCCUCGGGGUGUCCGGCCCCCGUGAGCGCGUGCCCGGUCACUUCCACCUCCACCUCCACGUCCACCUCCACCUCCACACCGCGCUCGGACCGCGCCAUUCCCUCCCGAGGCCCCAAGACCGGUCACCGAGGUCCCAUUCAGCUGUGGCAAUUCCUGCUGGAACUCCUCCGGGACCGAGCGGCAGAAGGCUGCAUCCGUUGGACUGGGAAUAGCCGCGAGUUCCAGCUGUGCGACCCGAAGGAGGUGGCCCGUCUAUGGGGGGAGCGGAAAAAGAAACCUGGGAUGAAUUACGAGAAACUGAGUCGGGGGCUGCGUUACUAUUACCGCCGGGACAUCGUGCACAAGAGCGGAGGCCGAAAGUACACUUAUCGUUUUGGGGGCCGCGUCCCCGACCUGCCCUGAUCAGGCCAGGGAGAGCCAUGUGCGAGGGGGGGAGUUGGGGGCACACGCGGGAGGAAUAAAGCCUCGGACUCCUCCA